AUGGCCGGCCUGCAGACUAGCCGGGCGACGCGGGACAAGCAUACUUGUCUAGACAUCGAGAUUGCCACAAAAUCCCGGAACCUCCUUGAUGCAAGACAGCUAAUGAGGAAACUCUACGCAGCGGGAGUAGCAGGGGAUGAACUGAAGAGCUGCAUCAGGAUGCAAGUUGGCAUUGCCAGGAGGAGAGAAGAUACCAAGUGGCUCAGAGCAGCAGCCAAGGAAGCUGAGGUGUUUGUUGGGAAAAGUCUCCUUGACACUAACUGGGUGGACGCCAACAUCUACUUUGUCCGACAAGUAACCCAUACGGCGAGGAAACGGAUGGACCUCACCCAUGCGGAAGUCAGUAAAUCCCUCGACCCCUCAGCAGGGACCCUCACAGUGGGCACCGUAUCUGGGCCUCCUGUGAGAAGUCAGCUAACCGUGAGUGUGCCAUGUACCGCAUCCGGUACCAGCACAGUAGAUACCGCAUACGGUAUCGAGAGACCUCGUUGGACCACCACAGUCAGUAACCCUAGCCGUCGUGUGCAACUCACUAGGGAUACUAUGGAGGUUUGUGUUUCUUCUCCAUCAGAGAGUGAGGACGAGCGUCCGAAACGUCAGUGGUCCCAAGAAAGGAACCUCGUAAUUUCCACAAGGACAGGUUCUCAGCACACGCGAGACACCUCACCGAGCCCCAGGGAGCCAUGUGUGGAAAUAAGGCCCAAGCCAGGUGAAGCGCAGACAGGGACUGUCGCAGCACCACAGGAAAAACACAGAGUACCGGACCGAGGAAGGCCCUCCUACCACAGGGAACAGCAGGGAGAACGGUCCAGAAAACGGGCCUAUCCAAAAUCAUCAAGCAGUACAGACUGCCAGGCAACAAGCAGGCAACCAAGGCCACGCUGUGGGAAGAGAAGGCUCAUGACAUGCCAGUUCUCAUGGUGCUCAGCCACAACCUUCUACAUGAAGAAGCACGUAGAAGAAGACCACGCACCAGCUGUUUUCGACUAUUACCAAGCCGAGAACGAUGGGCUCGCUCGCACUCGAGUGGAAUGCCUGAGGGAGAUGGUGCAUGAGGCACUUGGAGAGAGUAGGACCCUGCAGGACAUGGUUGACCUCAUCAACAACAGAGAUGUCAUCAAGCCGGGGUGGCACAUCACACCAGAACAAAGGAGUGCCAUGGUAGGAAUGUGCCGAGUGGCAGGGUGGCCAGUGCCGGAGGAAUUUUCCCUGCACCCCGUCAACAGUGUAGCAGCAUUGUCUCACUGGAGGUGCUUACUGGUAUUGGCAGGAGAAAUAUCGCCUCAAGGGAUGUGGGAGCUUAGACGACGGUAUCCAUCUACCGGACUCCGCCGUUCUUCGGAGACAUCCACUAGCAUCCAAGCAUCAUUGGAGCAGAUUCCUCCCAGCCCCAGACAGGAAGUCCUGCAGCAGGACGAAAAACAGAUCCCGCAUUCGGGAUCCACAGGAAGUGCCCCAUACAAGAAGGCGGAGAAGACCCUCAUCCGCAGCUUCGAUAGCCACUUCCAUCUUGACAGAUUGUCGGCCAGAGGUCCCAGGAUUCCGUUGACUAAUCUGGCGGCUAUUGAACAGGCAUUUCCCCAACAGCCAGACAAGGGCUAUGCGACUCUGCUGUCGGGAGCCGUAGCGGUCUUCUGUGAUCAAAAGACAUUGCCUUCGGAGAAGGAAAUGACGGCUCUGACCCAGCAAGGAUUCACAGUGAUGAUCGGCGCUCAUCCGAAGAUAAUCUUGACACGCAAGGAGAGACAAAGGGUGAAGUCCUUGAGCCAGCAUCCUUCAGUCAGCGGACUAGGCGAGGUUGGUUUGGACCAUUCGGUGACCUCUGACCUUUGGCACCUACAAGAGAGGCAACUCCGAGAUCUCCUGACUGGCCUACCUCCGUCAAGAGUCCUGACUCUCCACAUCCGCGGUAUGCGAGACGACGUCACUGGAGUAGAGGCCUACAUGCGAUGCUUGGACGUCAUAACACCGAUCAUCAAGGGAAGUCAGAAGAUCCAGCUGCACUGUUUCUCCAGCACCACAGAGGUAGCCCAGCAGUGGCUGGAAUCCUUCCCCAGUACCCACUUCAGCAUAAGUAACAUGGCGAACAGCUUCAACAGUCGACAGAGGGCUGCCCUGAAGUCAGUUCCAAGGAACAAGCUGCUUCUGGAGACCGAUGCGCCUUACUUCCCCCCAGUUGGCAAGAAACUGAAUGCCCCGUCUCUACUGGACUACACAGCUGAGUCGGUGGCCACCAUUCUGGGAGACAUCUCACCGGAAGUUCUUGAACUAACCGAAACAAACGCGAGGGCAUUCUUCCACUGA